GGGAAGGGAGCCGGAAGUGACUCGUGGGAAGCGGAAGUGAGGCGCUCGGAGCCGCACGUGGGUUCUGCGGAGGGGUCGCCGAACCUUGCCGGAGUUGGGAACUUAGCCGGCUUCGCGCCCGCGGUCAGCUUCCAGCCAUGGGCCGGUCUGGGAAGUUGCCCUCCGGGUCCUCCACCAAGCUGAAGCGCUGGAAGAAGGGCCACAGCAGCGAUUCCAACCCAGAAGGCCGGCGGCACCGGCAGGCCGCGCGCAGUCGCUUCUUCAGCCGGCCCUCAGAAAAAAGUGAUCUAACUGUCGAUGCCCUCAAAUUGCAUAAUGAGCUGCAAGCUGGGCCUCUCCCUUUGGGAGAAAAGGCUCAACCCCUCAUGGAGGAUCAAGCGGGCCCAACACGCUCUGAGAAAUCUUCAGCCACCUUUCUAAGCGGCCUUUCUGAUUGUACCAAUGUCACCUUCAGCAAAGUGCAACGCUUCUGGGAGUCCAACUCGGCUGCUCACAAAGAGAUCUGCGCAGUCCUGGCUGCUGUCACAGAAGUGAUCCGUUCCCAGGGAGGGAAGGAAACUGAAACAGAAUACUUUGCUGCCCUGAUGACCACAAUGGAAGCCGUGGAGUCUGCAGAAUCUUUAGCUGCUGUGGUUUAUUUGCUGAAUCUGGUUUUGAAGCGGGUUCCCAGCCCUGUGCUCAUUAGGAAGUUCUCGGACACCUCCAAAGCCUUCAUGGACGUUUUGUCAGCUCAGGCCAGCUCCGGUUCCACAGCGGCGCUCCGAUGGGUCCUUUCCUGCCUGGCUACUCUACUGCGAAAGCAAGACCUGACAGCCUGGAGCUACCCGGUCACCCUGCAGGUUUAUCAUGGGCUGCUGAGCUUUGUGGUUCACGCGAAACCCAAGGUCCGGAAGGCAGCGCAGCAUGGGGUGUGCUCUGUCCUCAAGGGCAGUGAGUUCCUCUUUGCAGAUAAGCCUCCUUCACAUCACCCGGCUGCCCCCUCCACUGCCAAAUUCUGCAUCCAGGAGAUUGAGAAGUCCGGAGGCUCCAAGGAGGCCACCACAACCCUGCAUGUGCUCACGCUGCUGGCUGAGCUGCUGCCCUGUUUCCCAGCAGGCAUGGUGAAGAGCUGCAGUGAGACUUUGCUGAGGGUCAUGACUCUCAGCCACGUGUUGGUGACUGCCUGUGCCAUGCAAGCUUUUCAUGGUCUCUUCCAUUCCAAGCCCAGUCCUGGCACCCUUUCAGCGGAACUCAAUGCCCAGAUCAUCACGGCCCUGUAUGACUACAUUCCCAGUGAAAAUGACUUACAGCCCCUGCUCGCCUGGCUUACGGUCAUGGAGAAGGCCCAUGUUAACCUGGUCAGGUUGCAUCGGGACCUUGGUAUGGGGCAUUUACCUCGAUUUUUUGGGGCUGCAAUGAACUGUCUCCUUUCACCUCAUGCACAAGUGGCUGUAGCCGCUACCCAGAGCCUCAAGCUGCUUCUUACCGAGUGCAUUGCUCCCCACGUGGCUGACAUAGGCCCAGUGACACCUUCUGCCUCCGGGCCCCCACUUUACAUUGCCAAGAUGUUCAGGAUUGUGGAAGAAGGGCUGACGUACAAGUUUCAUGCUGUGUGGGACUUGGUGUUGCAGCUCUUGCGUGGCUUCUUUGAGACCUGCGGGAAACAGGCUCACAUCAUAAUGAGGAAAUGCCUUCAGUCCCUCUGCGACUUGCGCCUGUCCCCGCACUUUCCUCACACACUGGCUCUGGACCAGGCCGUAGGGGCAGCAGUGACCAGCAUGGGCCCCGAGCUGGUGCUUCAGGCUGUGCCUUUGGAGAUCGAUGGCUUUGAAGAGAACUUGGAUUUCCCUCGGAGCUGGCUGCUGCCCGUCAUUCGUGAUCACGUCCACGAUACACGGCUGGCUUUCUUCACAAGCUACUUCUUGCCCUUAGCGACUACACUGAAGAAUAGAGCUACAGAACUGGCCCAGGAGGGGAGGACCAUGGAGUCCAAAAUCUAUGAGACUCUUCAGUGGCAGAUAUGGACCCUGUUGCCUGGAUUCUGCACCAGACCCACUGAUGUGGCUGCCGCCUUCAAGGGGAUCGCCCGGACUCUGGGCACAGCCAUCAGCGAGCGUCCAGAUCUGCGGCUCACUGUGUGCCAGGCGCUGCGCACUCUGAUCACCAAGGGCUGUGAGGGAGAAGCGGACCGUGCUGAAGUGAGACGCUUUGCCAAGAACUUUCUGCCCAUCCUCUUCAACGUGUAUGGACAGCCCCUCACGGAUGGGGAAGGCACCGCUCCCCGCCGAGCGGUGCUGGACACCAUUAAAACUUACCUCAGCGUCACAGAGCCGGAGCUAGUGAAUGGAUUCCUGGAUAAAGCCAGCGAGAAAGUGCUUGAUCCCGCCAGCUCGGAUUUCACCAGACACUCCAUCUUGGACUUGAUUGUGGCUAUGGCACCUCAUGCUGAUGAAGCCUCCAUCGGCAAGCUGUACCGUACUAUCUGCCCCUAUUUAGAGAGUAAAGAGCACACAAUGCAGAAAAAGGCCUACAGGGUCCUCGAGGAGGUGUGUGCCAGCCCGGAGGGUCCUGGAGAACGCUUCGUUCAGAGCCACCUGGGACACCUGAAGAAAACCCUCCUGGACUCCCUGCGGAGCACUGCUUCCCCUGCCAAGCGGCCCCGUCUGAAGUGCCUGAUCCACAUCAUCAAGAAGCUGACGGCCGAGCACGAGGACUUCAUCACUGCUCUGGUUCCUGAGGUCAUUCUGUGCACCAAGGAGGUGUCGGUGGGAGCCCGCAAGAAUGCCUUUGUGCUGCUGGCGGAGAUGGGACGCGCGUUCCUCCGGUUUGACUCCAAUCAGGAAGCUGCUUUGCAGAGGUACAUGCUUCUGAUCUAUCCAGGCCUGGCGGGCUCCGUCACCAUGAUCAGCUGCAGCGUCCUGGCCCUCACUCACCUCCUCUUCGAGUUUAAAGGUCUGAUGGGAACGGACACCAUAGAAGAGUUACUGAAAAACGUGUGCCUGCUCCUGGCCUCCCGCACCCGGGACGUGGUCAAGUCUGCCCUGGGCUUCCUCAAGGUGGUGCUGCUGGUCAUGGACAUGACCCAUCUGGCGAGGUACCUGCAGCCCAUGAUGGGAGCGAUCGGGAGCCUCACGGAUGACAUGCGCCGCCAUUUCCGGAUGAAGCUCAGGAGCCUGUUUACCAAGUUUAUCCGCAAGUUUGGUUUUGAGCUGGUGAAGGGCCUGCUGCCCGAGGACUACCACAAAGUCCUGGUGAACAUCCGCAAAGCGGAGGCGCGCUCCAAGAAGCAUCGGGCCUUGCAGCAAGCUUCUGUGGAAGAGGAAGAGGAGCCUGCGGUCAGAGGAGACAGCAUUGAGGAGAUUCUGGACGAGGAGGAGGAGGACGAGGAGGAGGAGGACGAGAAGCCGGCCCGGGGCAGGGAUCAGAAGCGGCUGGCAUGCGAGAGGAGCAGGGCCUGGCUGAAGGAGGGCGGUGGCGACGAGCCCCUCAACUUCCUGGAUCCCAAAGUGUCCCAGCGUGUCCUAGCCACGCAGCCUGCUGUGCGCUCCAAGAGGAAGAAGGACCACGACUUCAAACUCAGCGCAGAUGGGCGCCUGAUCAUCCUGGAGGACCAGGAGCAGCCAGAGGAGGACGCUGCUAAAGGUGAAGAGGAGGAGGUGACUGACUUCAAGCAAGAAGUUCGCAAUCUGAGCAAAAAAGCCCGGAAACUGAAGCUUUGUCAAGACCAUGAUGAUGAUGAGCCAGAGCCCCCACCCCAGUACAAAGCCGGAGGGUCUGGAAUCCACCGCCCGCUGUCCAAGAAGCCAGGGGCCGAUUACAAGGCCAAGAAAGGAAGAGGUGACGUGAAAAGGAAAGGUCGCCCUGAUCCCUAUGCCUACAUCCCCCUCAACAAAGCCAAGCUCAACCACAGGAAAAAAGCAAAGAUGGCAGGACAGUUUAAAGGACUGGUGAAAGCCGCCCGGCGCGGGGCCCAGGCUGGGCACAAGAACCGAAGGAAGAAGCCGCGGGUCUGAAGUCCCAGAGUCCCCGGAGGUUGCUGUCCCCAGCCUGGCUUCCAGCUUCUGUCUCUGUGGGGAGCCUACGACUCUGAAAGUGCCCGGGAACCAGGAAAAUGGUUUGAAAGUGACCUGAUGGGACUGGAGGCAGGUGCCAGAGACUUAGCCUGAGGAAGGCUGGGACCUGGUCGGGGCCCGCUGGGACUGUGCUCUCUGAACCAAAUUCAUCCAAGACGACUGCAUGUUGUUUGGGCCAGAAAGCCUAUCCAUAGGACUCGGGUGGUCUAAGCCGCCUGGAUUCUGGGGGACACACCAUUUUCCUGAUUAGACUGCCGCUCUUCAAAGGCCUCGGGUGGGGCGGUGUGUGUUUGUGUGGACCUCUGCUUUGCUGGUCACUCACUGACCAGAAGGCUGUACUACUCUGCACUGAUGUGCAUUAAACUUGGACUUCCUGAACACUCUGGACAAGAAUUGUUUUAUUUUUUUUUAAUCACAAACUUUUUUGUUACUAUUUAUUUUGACCCAGCAAAUACAGCCCAAGUGCUUUCAUUCUUGAAGGACAGUUAAACAGAGUCAUCCAAAAGAGGGACUGCAAGAGGAAGGAAGAAAAAUUCCAUUUAAGAUAAGACACAUGGAACAUCUAGGACUUCAGCCACCUAGACAAAGACAAGUCUUAAAUACAGCUACAAAGUAUUCUGACAACAAGAAAAGCAGAUAACUGGAGAGAAAGUCAGACUUGUACAUACUGUACCAGUCAUUCCAGUGUGAUUCUUUGUAGAAUUAGAUAAAGUAAUUCUAAAAUUCAUUUGGAAGAUUAAAAAGUCAAGAAGUACAGAGUAGAGAGGAGGGGGCUUGGCCUUACCCAGUCUGAUACUCUGCUGUGACACGGAACUGCCUGGCGCUGGACAAAAUAGAGAAAAAUGGGUUGGUGUAGUAGAGGAGCAAGUCAUAGGACAAGCCAUAACAUCCUUAAUAGGGUCAUUAGAUCAGUGAACUGCAUGAUAGCGGAUAACAUUUGUGUUGUGCUUCAUAUGCACCAGGCACUGUGCAAAGCACUUGCUUCUUACAAGCACCCUAGGAGGUAGGUGCUACUUUUAUUCCCAUUUUACAGGGGACAAAACUGAGGCAAGCAGGUUGGGUGACUUGUCCAGGGUCACAGAUAAUAAGUGUCUGAGGCCAAAUUUGAAUUCAGAUCUUUCUGACUCUAGGUCCAAGUGCUUUCCCCACAAUAUCAUGCAGAGAAAGGCCCUCUAUUCACCAGGACCAUCUGGGAAAACCAGAACUAUGGAGUCUGGGGGAAACUCAGCUUGCCACAAUGAAUGGAUAAAUGGUCUGAUAAAUUAAUGGAUAAAUGGUCUGAAUUUUGAAAAAAAAAUUAAAAACAACCCUACACUUAAGAAAAUUAAAAAACAGGGCAUGUCUUUCACAGUUUUGGGUUAAAGAAAGACAUGACAUGAACCCAUCAGAUCAUAUGGCACAAAGUGGGUUGUUGUGUGGAAUUGUGUGCAAUGUUUAAACUUUUACAUGAAAAUCAGUGCAAUUAAAAGCAGAAAAAUAGAUGUGAAUUGGAGGAAAAUCUUAGCAUUAACUAUCUGAUAAACGUGAUUUCCAUCUUCUGCGUAGAGGAGGCAUGUGAAUCUUUCAGCCAUUCCCCAAUAGACAAAGGGUCAAAAAUAUGGAAGAAUCAAUAAUCAGCCCCCAAAAUACUUGAAAAGCCUAAAAGCAGUGUUCAAUAAAACAAGCCAAAUAAGAAAGAAAAGCUGCUUGGAGGGAUGCUGGGAAGGUAGGCAUAGUUAUUCAUUGCUGGUGAAUUGUUUCAACCUUUCUGGAAGAUAAUUUGGAAUUUUGGAAUAAAGUUAUAAAAUGGUUAAUAGCUUUUGAGCAAAAGUUCCACAGGUGGGACAGCUAGAUGGUGCAGUGGUUAGAGUGCUGGCCCUGAAGUCAGGAGGACCUGAGCUCAAAUCCAGCCUCAUACACGUAACACUCCCUACCUGUGUAACUUGGGCAAGUCACUUAACCCCAACUGCCUCCGCAAAAAACAAAAAAGUUCCACACGUAAUAUCACAUGGAAGUAGUGACAGUGGUAAAAUGUAGGUACAAAAAUGUUCAUAAUUUCUUCAGGAAGAUUUUUGAUAGUGUCCCCUGCCCCCUUUUAAGAAUCAUCUUUUAUAGAAAAGAAUUCUUGUGACAAAGAAAAAAACAAAAUUUAACAAAUACAUAUUUUUAAACUUUGAUGUUCUUUGCAAUGCUUUAUGUCUGUGCACUCCCAUGUCUGCAAAGCAGGGGAGAAGAUGUCUUGAUAUCACUUCUUUGGAUCCCAAUUUUUUCUUUAUAAAAGUUUACUGCAUUUGUUUCCAGUUUUUGUGAUUAUUUCCAUUUACAUUGUUGUGAUCUUGAUUCUAUUAUUUUCCUGGCUCUACUUCACUUUCCAUUAAUUCACAUAAGUCAUCUGUGCUUCUCUAUAUUUGUCGUGUUUGUCAUUUCUUAUAGCACAAUAUUAUUCUAUUCAUGGACCAUAAUUUGUUUAGCCAUCCUACAGUUGAUAGGCAUCUACUUUGUUUCCAGUUUUUUAUUAAACUCCCUUUCCCCCCAUACACAAACUAAUAUAAAUAAUUUAGUGGUUUUGCUACAUUUCACCAAUAAUUCUUCAGAGUGCCUGUCUUUUCACAACCUCUGUAAUACUGAUUAUUCCCAUCUUUUAUCAUUUUUGCCAGUUCACUGGUUAUGAGGUGAAACUUUCAAGUUUCAUAUUUGCUCAUUGAUUUAUUAUUAGUGAUUUAAGCAUUCUUUCACAUGUUUAUUAAUAAUUUAUAAUUCUUUCAAAACUGCUCAUAUCCUUUGACCACCUGUCUUUUGGGAGUGACUUUUGAUAUAUAUUUUUUUGUUAUCCAUAUAUUUUGGAUAUAAAAUCCUCAUCAAAGUUAACACAAGAACAAUUAUUUUUUUCCCUUUUGACCCUAAAUGCAUCAAUUCUAUUUAUGCAGCUUUUUAUGAUGACAGAAUUGGAAACGAAGCAGUGCCCGUGGAUUGGGAAUGACUAAACAAAUUGUAGUAUGUGAAUGUAAUGAAAUAUCACUGUGCUGUAGGAAAUGAUGUCUGUGGAAUAUAGAGAAGCAUGGUAAGAUUUAGAUAAACUAAUACAGAGUGAAUGAAGUGAAUGGAACUAACAAAAAAAACCCAAGUAUAUACAGCUACAACAAUGUAAAUGAAACAAAAUUGAACGUUGCAAAAUUAAAAAUAACUGGUUAUAAAAAAGAGAUAUAAGAAGACAUCCCUGUCCCUUUGCAGAGGUAAAAGUUCUACAAGUGUUGUUCAUAGCAGAUAUUUUUGGUCUUUUCUGAUGUAUUGAUUUUUUUUUUUUUUUUUUUUUU